GCGGGGAUGCGGCCUGGACCCGGAGGGAGGAGCGUGUUUCGGGAGCGGUGAAGCGGCGGCGCCCGGCCAGAGUCGGGUUCCAGGCCCAGUCGGCGGCGAGCGCCCACCCCCUAACCCCCUUGCAGGCAUGGAGGAGCCUGGCAUGGACACGGAGGCCGAGACCGUGGCCACCGAGGCGCCCGCGCGGCCCCUCAACUGCAUGGAGGCCGAGGCCGCGGCGGGGGCGGCGGCGUCCGAGGAUUCCUGCGACGCGCGAGGCAGUCUGCAGCCGGCCCCGGCCCAGCCCCCUGGGGACCCCGUGGCGCAGGCCUCGGUCAGCAACGGCGAGGACGCGGGUGGCGGCGCGGGCAGGGAGCUGGUGGACCUGAAGAUCAUCUGGAACAAGACCAAGCACGACGUGAGGGUGCCUCUGGACAGCACGGGCUCCGAGCUGAAGCAGAAGAUCCACUCGAUCACAGGUCUCCCGCCUGCCAUGCAGAAGGUCAUGUAUAAGGGACUUGUCCCUGAAGAUAAGACGUUGAGAGAAAUAAAAGUGACCAGUGGAGCCAAGAUCAUGGUGGUUGGCUCUACGAUAAAUGAUGUCUUAGCAGUAAACACACCCAAAGAUGCCGCACAGCAGGACGCCAAGGCCGAAGAGAACAAGAAGGAGCCUCUCUGUAGGCAGAAACAACACAGGAAGGUGCUGGAUAAAGGGAAACCUGAAGACGUCAUGCCGUCUGUCAAGGGGGCCCAGGAGCGCCUGCCAACGGUACCCUUGUCCGGCAUGUAUAACAAGUCUGGAGGAAAAGUGAGACUCACCUUUAAGCUCGAACAAGACCAGCUGUGGAUUGGCACUAAAGAUUCCCGGAGGGAACCGAACAAUUCACCUGUUUCUGGCCAGCACUGUAGGUAUUCAGUGUGCGAGAGCGAACUGAGAAACUGCCCAUGGGCUCCAUUAAAAAUGUGGUCAGUGAACCUAUUGAAGGACACGAGGACUACCACAUGAUGGCGUUUCAGUUGGGCCCCACGGAAGCCUCUUACUACUGGGUGUACUGGGUUCCAACUCAAUAUGUGGAUGCAAUCAAAGACACUGUGCUGGGCAAAUGGCAGUAUUUUUGAAAGCACUUUCACCUCUGGCCCAGGAGACUGACCCAAAGUGAAGGACAUUGCCGGAGAGGCCUGCAGCAGCCCUGGAUUUCAGAGUUCUGGAACUUUGUUCACACACACAAAUCUCGAUUCAAUCGGAGGUGAUGUGGUGACUGAAGCCAGAGGUGAUGUACUUUCACCAUUAGCUUAAUUUUAACUUAAAAUCACCGAUUCCCUUUCUUGCAGUCAGCUUCAUACCAUUUUUAAAGUCAGUAUGGUGGAAAUCAAUAAAUCUGAAUUCCGAACGUGUUGUGUGGAAUACUCUUAAGUCUGUUUGAGAGUAGAUCUGCCAAUUAUGUUGAGAAGGAAAUGAUGAAAAGCUUUGAGUUUUGUUUUUGUUUUUGUCUUUUUUAAAAAAAAAUGAUUUAAACUGAAAUAUUUUCAUAAAUCUUUGGUUGCAAACAUUUGGACUGCAAUGUGAUGAGUUGGGGUAUUUUUUUUUUCUUUUUCCUUGGUAUAAAAUUGUAUGCAAAAUGUUGUGGGGGGGUUAGUAAGCCAUUUUUUUCUGUUGAUUGAUUGAGAUUUCUUUCCUUUUUUAAUUUUCUCACUUCCCUAGAUUUGAGUUUUUGUUUUAAAAACCCAAAGAUGUCAGUUCCUCUUUUGGUACCUCAUCCACGCUUCCUUUCCUGGGCUCUCUCCCACGUGCUGCUGCUGCUUGGGAAUGCACAUGGGAGACGGGAGCUGCUGGGUCAUGGUCAGGGAGCCCUCACCCUUGCUGUGGUGGUGUUGAGCAGCAGAGUAUCUCACAAGUGACUCCUGUCUAAACGUCUUACCCUUCGGGCCCCGACUUGUGGGGCAUUCCAUUGCCUGUUCAGCGGUCGUGGGCAGCCUUCGCUGAGCGGGGCUUUGAGGCCCAGCCUGGCCUGGAUGUGCCUAGGCUGGGCUCCUCCAAAGCCCCAGUUUGGAGAAGGAGCCAGGUGGAAGAUAGUUGGUGCAGCCAUAUAGCCACAGAUCCAGAGACCUUCUUUCUUUGGAAGUUUUCAAGAAAUUCUUAAGCAGUCCAAUGAUUAUUUCAAUUAUGCUUCUCCAUUUGGUCCUUCUGCUCAUGCAUUAAGUUCAAGUGUCCUUUAUCCCAUGUUCAGAGAUGCUGCCUUUCUCAGUAAGAAGACACCUGACCUAGCGGGUUGGCCAGUGGUGUUUGAACAGUGAAAUGGGAUAAAUUGCUUUCAUGAUCAGCUCUCCUCUGGUUUCAGCCCUUAUGUUCUUCGUACAUGUACACUUCUGUCAUCUCCUAUGGCUUGAUUGACUCUGAAAUGAGGGACAGUCUCUUGGUGGAUGACACCCUCUGUGCUGUUUGCUGUAUCUCUGCUGCUGUCUCUGCAAUUCUCCUCUCUCUGGUUGCAGGCUCUCAUAGUAAGGUCUGGCAAGAAAUCUUCCCAACUUCACACUUUGGAUUCUAAGCUGUUCCCCCUCAUUCUGUGAAAUGUAUUAGCAUGUGUUUGCCUAAGAUGACUAUUCCUUGUGAGCCAGUUAACGACGAUAUUCUACGCCCUUCCCUUCUAAGCUGUAGUUCAGGAAUCUCCAUAGACAGACUCUUGCUUUUUGUGGUGUAGUCAGUGCCAAGUUACGCAUCUGGGCAGGAAAACCUACUCUUCGCUUUUUGGGGGCAUAAAGUAUGGAUGUGAAGUGCAGCGUCCAAGAACCUGCCUGUUUGCCAUCGUUGGAAAAGGAGCAGUAACUGCAGCUCUUGUCCCUGUUGGCAGUCGCUGGGGAAAGGAGUGCACCUUUGCUGCUUGUCCCAGCCGCCUCCUGUGGUUGACAGGGCUGCAGGGGAAGGGAUCAGGUAGCAAGCAGAGCCGUCCUCUGGGUUUAAGUACUGCCCUUUGUUUGCUGAUGUCCCCAUCCUUGAGACUUGUCUGACAGUGCCAUGUGCCCAGUUUUGGUCUUUUUGUCCCCAGAGUGGCUCUGAGACCCCUCCCACCAGCCCCCUCCUCUGCCCUCACCCUCCUCCCUCCCGGCCAGAGCGAGUGUGCCAUUGUCCCCCUGCUGCCCCGGGGCCAGACUGCUUCUCACUUAGGCUGGUGUCAUUUCAAGAGGACCAAAGCCUGCGUGAGCCUUUUUAUUUUCAGUAAAAUGGUGCUUAUUUCCUUACUUAAAGAUAUUAUAUAUAAAUAAUGACGUGAAUGACACCUUUUGUGUGGAGCUGUUGAGUUCUGCUUCACAGAGCUCCCUUAAUCUGUCGUCACAGUCCUGAGCUCUGCAGGAGACCUUGCUGGAAGCCCUCGGGAGAGCAGAGGGGGACAGCACCGAGGCCCCUGGGGGAAGUGUUAGAGGCCCACCUCUGGGUCCCAGCAGUCUUCACUGUUUUGUCACUCAGUCACAUCUGCCCAAAUCCAUGUGAGCAGAGCCAAGUGCCCCCCCCUUUAGGUAGCAACACAGUGUUUUGUUUUCCCUCAGGAUUAUUUCUGUACAGUUCCUUCACUGUCGGGUCUGAGGGGACCAGAACUUUCCCUCCCUGUGGAAGGGGGCAUGCAGGUGGAUAAAGGAAGAGCUGACUCCAGAGAGGGCCUCUGAGGGCGUCACCUGAAGCUUGAGAUGGAGAGGUCCUGCCCUGGGGUUUGUCAUCUCGGUGCCACCCAGGGGGCUGCUUUGCUGUCCGGAAUUGGUAAAGCGUCCUCCUCCGGGUCUCCACUCGAGGACAUCAUGCCUUUCUUUUCCUCCCUGAGGAGACUUGGCAGAGUAAGGCAGCCUCGGAGCCCUGCUGAGCCCCCCAUCAGAGGACCUAGACCGUGAGUUGCUGGAGCUCUGUGGUGGGAAGUAUUUUAAUCCAUGAUGGGUCUUUAGCAAGUGGCAUUUGCUCUUUUUAAAUGAAGUUUAACUUAGGAUGCACUUUCUCAUAAUCUUGUGGACAUGGUCGGGGCCAGGCGAGGCCCUCAGGAGGCUCCUUAGUUGCUGUUUUACCUGAGGAGGGCCAAAGAGGUUGACUCUGCUCCCUUGCCACGUCUCAGACAGGUUGCCAUAUUUCACCCAGAAGGGACGCAUUUUCUUCCUCUUUAACCAUGUGCCUGGAGGAGCCAUGCCGGGCUCUUGCCUUUGGCCCACCCUUUCUUUGCCAGGGGCCGAGAAGGAGAGGGGUUAGACCCAGAGUCCCAAGGGCAGGCUUUCUUCCACCCAUCUGCUGGGGGACCCUCUCUGUCACUCCCUGCCUCUGUUCAUGCCUGUUGUCUUGGAAGAAGAUGGUCCCUGUGUCUUAAGGCUUGUGGUGAAGUCAUCUGCAGUUAGGGUCGGCACCUGUUUCCUUCUUCCCCAGACCUGCAGCCUUUCUGAAGUCACAGGUGGCCCGGAGCCCGUGAUACGCAGAACAUCUGGUAGGUUUACCUGCCGGCCGAGUGCUUGAGUGCUUCUACUGCUUUCUAAAUUUCUGAGAACCUUUCUCUUCUUUGUUAAAGAGCUCUGCAGAGUUAUUUGACAAUAUGUGUAAGUACCAUGUUUCCUUGUGGCGUACGCUCUGUUCUGGUUUGUUUUGAAAUCAAAUGCCUGUUUGGGAGGAGAUGAACGUAUUUAGUCUAUUAGAUUUGCGCUGCUGGAUUUUUUUUUUUUUUUUUAAAGUGUAACCUUGACUAGCUGUCUUAUUGUUUAUCCUGUAAGAUUAGUCUAUCAAUUAAAGUUUGAUAAUUAA